AUGUCGCCGAUGGGCUCCCGCUCCCUCUUCAGGGCUGCCUCCAAGCUCUCCUCCGGCCUGUCCAGGAGGCCCAUCUCCUCCUUCAACAAGACGCCGCCCGCCGCCAACAAGGGCCCCAACGCCGCCGGCGAGCAGGCCAUGCCCCUCGGCCCCUACUACGAGUCCAUCAUCGUCACUCCCCAGCCCAUCCCCGCCACCAAGCCCGAGGAGCCCCCGACCUCGUCGCCCAAGUCCCCUCGCACCACCACCCGGAAAUCCGCCGCGGCACAAGAAGGAGACCAACGGCACCAGCCAGUAGACACCGCCCCGUCGCCCGCCCCGGCGCUCUCGGCAGAGCCCGCCUCGCCACAGGAGAAGGCCCGCAUCGUCUUUGGCUCCAGUCUGGCCGGUCCCUUUGAGCGCGCAGAGAGGCUACAGGCCAUCAAGGACAAGAGCACCAGGAUAGCGGGCAUCCUGGUGCCGCCCAAGCCCGACGAGCCCGACAACUGCUGCAUGAGCGGCUGCGUCAACUGCGUCUGGGAUCGCUACCGCGACGAGAUGGAGGAGUGGGCCGCGGCCACCGUCGAGGCCGAGAAGCGCAUGCAGGCUCAGCGCGCACAGGGCCCUGUCGACGUGCUGGGCAGUGUGGGCGCCGUCAAGGGAAUGGGAGCGCUGAAGGGGCCGGCUGAAAUGGUACAGGGGGCUGGCGCUAGGGAUGCGCACGAGGGGGCGACGACUAUGGACGAUGACGGCGGUGGCAGCGACACCAGCCUGCCGGUGGAGCAACCCAAAAUCGCUAAAAACCUUUGGGAUGAGGACCUGUACAGGGGUGUUCCUGUUGGCAUCCGGGAGUUCAUGAAGACGGAAAAGAAGCUAAAACAGAGGCACGAGAAAGAGGGGAGCGCUGGCGGCUGA